AUGAGCCAUCUCGACAACGUGCCAACGCCCGAAUUUGCGGUAGCUGGCGACGAGGAGGGGCAGCAACGGGCUGAAGAAGUUGGUGAUGAAGGUGAGGGCGGCGGAGGUGAGGCGACGGAGAAGAGCAACGAAGCUGCGGCGGUGCAGGACAUCGUGAGCGAACAAUUGGCCGAAGAUGAGCGACGGCUGCAGAUGCAAGUAGCGUCAGGGGGAAAGGCUGCGCCACCGGUGGGAAAGGGCCGUGGGGGCAUGCUGCAGCAGGCCUUCGAGGCCUUCCUGCGACAUCACCAGGGCAACAACCGGAUCGACGCCGGCCAGCUCCAGUCGGUACUCCAAGAGGCCGGCCUCGAGAUGGACACUGAGCAAGCGGCGGCUAUCCUCAAGGCGGCCAACGUGUCGGCGACGGGCGAGCUCGACUUUGAGGAGUUUUACAGCAUCUUUGUGGGGCUGAAGAUAUUCAAGCAUUUGGACCAGAACAAGACGGCCUGCAUCCAGGAGCACGACCUCAUCCGCACGCUCGAGAACUACGGCCUGCCCACCGACCGAAGCAUGGCGGAAAAGAUGAUCCAGAUGGUGGGAGAGGACGAGGAGGGCUAUGUCUCCUUUCCCGCCUUCUUCCGGAUCUAUCUCGACGUGCACCACCAGCAUCACCGCAACAUUGACCUGCUGGAGCACGCCGUGCGCUACUGGUACUCGGGCGCAUCAAAGGACACCAUCCUCGCACAGAACCAGAACCUCACACCGCUCCAGGACUUCAUCGCCGGUACAUUGGCCGGCGUUGCCAUCACGCUGGUGGGGCAUCCCUUCGACACCAUCAAGGUGCGAUUGCAGACCCAACAGCAGGCCUACGGCUCCGCGAUCCAAGCCACGCUCAAGACCGUGCGCGAGGAAGGGAUACGCGGUUUGUACAAGGGCAUGGGAUCGCCGAUGGCGACCAUUCCGCUGAUCAACGCCAUCGUGUUCGCCGCCUACGGCCAGGCCAAGGCCUACCUGCAGGACCCCAACGCGCCCGACGCCGACCUCAGCAUUCCCCAGCUCGCCUUGGCCGGCGCGUGGGCCGGGUUUGUGAAUGCGGGCGUGGUGACGCCGGUGGAGUUGAUCAAGAUCCGGCUGCAGAACCAGACGGAGAACACCGCGGCGCAGUUCAAUCUCAACCUCAAGGAGCGGCUGCGGUCGGGUCUUCGCAGUUCUCUCUUCGAGCGAAGGAUUUUCUACAACGGCCCCAUCGACUGCAUUGUAAAGAUUUUCAAGGAAAAGGGCUUUCCGGGUUUGUGGAAGGGAAUGUCAGCAACGGUCUACAGGGAGGUUCCGGGCUACAUGGGACAGUUUGUGGUGUACGAAUACAUUAAGCAGUACCUCAUUUCGAGGCAAGGACCGGAAUGCACGGUGGACGACCUGCAUCCGCUCCACCUGAUGCUGGCCGGCGGCAUGUCCGGCAUCGGCGCUUGGAUCGCCUCCUACCCCAUGGACUACGUUAAGACACACAUUCAAUCGGCGUCGGACACGGAGAAGUACCGAAAGAACAAGCUCUUGCUGGAUGGCGGCUUCUUCGACUGCUGGCGACAGAUGGUCAAGGAGAGAGGACUGGCUUCGCUCUGGCGCGGAUUCGGCCCUUGCGUGGCGCGAGCGUUCCCGGCCAACGCAGCGGGCUUCCUCGGCUAUGAGGUCAUCGCGCGUCUCUUCCGCGACCAGAACGCAGCGUCAACGCCCACCUUCGCCACUCCAUCAUGA